GUUGGCGUUCCUCUCUCCAUACUCCAGCAGCAUAAUGGCUAUGGCAGAAGAAAAGAGUCUUGAAAGCGUGAGAGACGGCUACACUGAAGAUGGAACAGUUGAUCGGAAAGGCAGACCAGUUUUAAGGUCAAACACUGGAAGAUGGAAAGCUUGCUCUUUCAUCAUAGUGUAUGAAGUGUUUGAGAGGUUGGCCUACUUUGGAAUUUCGGGAAACCUAGUUCAGUACUUGACAACCAAACUCCACGAGGGUACUGUCGAAUCUGCAAACAAUGUUAACAACUGGACUGCUUCAGUGUGGUUGACGCCACUAGUUGGGGCUUAUAUAGCCGAUGCCCAUCUCGGUCGAUAUUUGACCUUUCUGAUUGCAGCAAUCAUUUUUCUGUUGGGAAUGAGCUUGUUGACGCUAUCGGUUUCAUUACCAGCACUAAGGCCACCAACAUGUGGUGAAGGCGUCAGACAAGAAGAAUGUAAAAAAGCGUCGUCAUUGCAAGUGGGUAUUUUCUUUUCUGCCUUGUACAUCAUAGCAGUAGGAACAGGCGGAACUAAGCCAACCAUCUCAACCUUGGGAGCUGACCAAUUUGACGACUUUGAGCCGAAGGAGAAAUCCCAGAAGCUUUCAUUUUUUAACUGGUGGAUGUUCACCGUCUUUCUCAGCACUCUCUUCGCAAGCAGUUUCUUAAUUUACAUGGAAGAUAACGUGGGCUGGUCCCUUGGUUUUGGGCUUCCAACUAUUGGAUUAGCUUUUGCUAUAUUGCUGUUUCUGUUAGGUGCUCCAUUUUACAGGCACAGAUUGCCCAAGGAUAGCCCUAUAAAGAGAGUACUUCAGGUGCUCCUAGCUGCUUUGAGAAAGUGGAAGGUACGGGUUCCAGAUGACCCGCGGGAGUUACAUGAACUAAGCAUAGAAGAGUACUCAAGUGACAAGAGGCACAGGAUUGAUAAUACCUCCUCAUUAAGAUUCCUUGACAAAGCUGCAACAAAGACAAGCCAAGCGUCGCCAUGGAUGCUUUGUCCGGUGACCCAAGUUGAGGAAACAAAGCAAAUGAUGAAAAUGAUACCUAUUUGGACUGCAACACUCGUACCAACCAUUGUAAUAUCUCAAGGGAACACACUCUUUAUCAGACAAGGCACCAAACUAGACAGAAGCAUGGGCCCUCAUUUCGAGAUUCCUCCAGCUUCUCUUGCAGCAUUUAUACAUAUCAUCUCGCUGAUAACCAUUAUAAUCUACGACCGAGCAAUAGUCCCAGCAAUCAGAAGAUCCACAAAGAACCCCAGAGGGAUCACAUUACUUCAAAGACUGGGCAUCGGUCUUGUGUUGCAGAUCAUCGUGAUGGCCACUGCAAGUUUAGCAGAAAGAAAGAGACUGAGCGUUGCAAGAGAAAAUCAUCUUUUUGGCCAAUCUGACAAAAUCCCUCUAAGUGUUUUCAUAUUGUUGCCUCAGUUUGCAUUAAUGGGGGUUUCUGAUGCCUUUGUGGAAGUAGGAAAGAUGGAGUUCUUCUAUGAUCAAGCACCAGAAAGCAUGAAGAGCCUAGGAACAGCAUAUCUCACGUCCAGUGUGGCGAUUGGUCAUUUUCUGAGUAGUUUUAUUCUGUCCACUGUGGCUGAUAUCACCCAGAGAAAAGGACACAAGGGCUGGGUUUUGGAUAAUCUGAAUGUGUCCCAUUUGGAUUAUUAUUAUGCGUUCUUGGCCAUACUAAGCUUUCUGAACCUUGUUUGGCUUUUAUUGGUUUCCACAUUCUUUGUGUAUAAUACUGACUUGACACAAACCAAAAUGAGGUCGGAAACGGAAUGUUCGUCCAUGACAUCCUUGGAAAGCUAGCACGUCCUGCAUGCCCACCAGUUCUUGGGGCAAAUCCAACUUCUCUUUUUUUCCUCCAUGAUAUACAUGUAAAACAACAAAUUACGUUGUGCUUUGUAUUUUUAUCAAUUUAAAUGUGAGAAAAUUAUCAAGAAGAAAAUGAAAC